AUGAACAAAACGACACAAAUUGAAAUUCCAGAUGAACUGCCAAUAAUUCUACGCAAUUUUACGUUAAGCGUUUUACGUAAAAAACCACAUGAUAUUAUCGGCCAUGCUGUUGAUUAUUUCACGCAAUUGAAACAGCAGCAGCAGCAGCAGCAACAACAACAACAGCAACAACAACGACAAAAAUCACAUCUAAUGACAGAUGAUAAUGGAGUCACGACAGUUCCGUUUUCUUUCUCUUCUCCCAUUAGGCAUCAUGAAAAAAAGUUACAAACACCUACACAACAUGUCAAAUUAUCAGAGAAUACUGCAAUGAUUGCAAAUAAUAAAUUAAUAUUGGAAAAAGAAAAUUUAGUGAAAAAUUCAACAAAUACAACAAUUAAUUGUAUUUCACCAAUGCCACCAUCAAGUGAAAGUGAAGCCAAUGAAGACGAAAGUGAUGCUACUACAAUUUCUGAUGGCAAACUACAUCAUUACGUAAAGAAAAAUGAAUAUCGUCGAGUGUCAGUUGCAGCCGAGCGAUAUAAUCCUGAAGAUGAUGAUUCAGACGAUGAAGAAUAUCGUUUUUAUCCUAAAACUUCUGAACAAAGACAACGUUUAAAAGAGGCUGUUUGUCAUAGUUUACUAUUUCGUACAUUAGAAGUAAAACAAAUCGAUCAAAUUCUUGAUGCUAUGUGGGAACAACAUGUUCAACAAGGAGAAUGUAUUAUUCGACAAGGUGAUGAUGGCGAUCAUUUCUAUGUUAUUGAUAAAGGUACUUAUGAAGUUUAUGUAGCAGAUUCCAAUGGUCAAACAGAAAAAAUCGGUGAUUAUAAUCAAGCAGGUUCAUUUGGCGAAUUAGCUUUAAUGUAUAAUCAACCACGUUCUGCAACAGUGAUUGCAACAAGUGCUGGAAUAUUAUGGAUAAUGGGUCGUGAAACGUUUCGUAAACUUGUCUUGAAACACGCAUUUCGUAAACGACAAAUGUAUGAAAAUUUCCUACGAGGUCUUGAUAUUUUACAAUCUUUAAACGAUUAUGAACGAUCGAAAAUUGCCGAUGCAUUAAUACCUAUUGAUUAUUAUCAAAAUGAUGUUAUUAUUAAGCAAGGCGAUGAAGGUGAUCAUAUGUUUUUUAUUGAAGAUGGUCAAUGUGAUAUCUAUAGAAAUGAAAAAUUUUAUAAACGUCUAAAUGAAGGACAAUAUUUUGGAGAACUUGCUUUGCUUAAUCAUGAACCUCGAUCAGCUACUGUCAUCGCGGCUAGCUUUAAAGUUCGAGUGGCGUCAUUAGAAGUUCAAUCGUUUGAACGUUUACUAGGACCAUGCAUGGAUUUAAUACAUCGCAAUACGUCUAAAUAUAUUAAAUGA